GUUCUGGCGCAGAAGGGAUGGGAAGCUCUGGUGCAGGAUGAGUCCAGGGCCUGGGGGGGGGUACAGUGGAGGCCCAUGCCAAGAAACACCCUGCUUGCCUCCGGGGUGCCCUGGGUUUCUUGGGGUUCCAUGGCUUUGCGGCGGGAAGCAUGACGCUCCCACACCAAAAGUUCAUGGACAUCCUGGGGUCUCAGGGUUGGGCUUUUUGUGGAAGCUUUCUUGUGGACUGGCCUCCACUGUAUUGACAUUAGCUUGCAAAGGUGACGGUGGUGUCCCACCAGUGGUUAGCAUGGCGAAGCACUUGCUGCAUCGUCGGAUCGGGUACGCGUUGAUUGCAGUUACUUUCAUGUCGUUGACUCUCGGGCCGUUGAUGGCCUUGGAGCAGGGAGAACUUGUGCGCGGCCUGCUCAGCGCAGUCACCCAGAACACGACCCAGCAGAACAUCAUCGCGAGAUCUGCUGGCGAGGUGCUGAAGUACUUUUGGCCGCCUUUCGUCGGAUGUCUCUUCGUGUUCCUGUUCAUCCCGCCCAGGAUUCUCUAUGUCGGGUUCUGGCCUAAGACGCUUUCGUCGUUCGGCAGGGGAUUUGGUGGCAGCACGCACCGUGAGGCACGGAUUGUUGUAGCCGCGUUUGCUUUUGCUGGGUUCUUGCUUGUCGUAGUUGCGUGGUCUUACAUGGGGGCGACAUUAACGGGCAUGGAGCCAGUUCUUGAGCAGACCCUGGCCAUCGCGGACCAGCAGCUUGUGGAGAUCACUGCGAUGGGCAGCGACAUGGACCAGUACGCGAGCCUUUCGAAUGAUUCCUCCGCUCUCACUGAGGCCGUCGCGUCGUUCACGGCCUUGGCCGCCGAUGCGAGGGACGCCAGCAGCAAGGCAGAAAGCUUCUUGACGAGCGCAGUUUACACAAGCGAGGCGAUGGCCUUUGUGUUCAUGCAGCUUGUCCUGGUCACCUACGCAAUGGCUUUCGCGGCAUCUCUGAGCAAGAGGCCACACCUGAUGCUCGGGGUUCACUUCGCAGGGCUGUUCGCUCUGCUGCUCCAGCUCCUCGCUGGCACGAUGUACGGAACAAUGCUUGCCAUCUUCAAUGGUAUCGACAACGAGAUGUCAGAGACGCCUGACGUGAGUGCGGCUCUCAACGGGACUGAUUAUUCCUCCCAAGCUGCUGAGUUCACCAAGCUGAUCGCCUACUGCAGCGAGGACGGCGGCGACGUCGCCAUGGGAGCGACGUUUGCAGCGGUGGCGUCCUCUAUGGCGAACACAGGGGACAGCGUUCCCAUCAGCUUCCCCAGCGAGGAAGCGGCGGCGAGCCUCACCGUGGACGAGAUGAAGACGUUCGUGGCAGUGGCGUCGGAUCAGAUCGAGGAGAGCUCCUACUAA